UAGGUCACGGACCUGAAGGUCCGUGCACAUAAGUAUUGAAAAUGCUUGAAUGUGGAAUGACGUUACAGGAUCUUUUUGAUGAAGUUAGAGACAUGGAAAUAUCGGAUAUGUCUGCCUUUGCUCAUGUACUUUCAUACUUCGAGGAAAUAAACGAAGAAACGGAGUGCUUUAUGCGGAUGCUUGGAAAUAAAUUUGAUAAUGCCACUAUAACAUGGGAGCAACCUUUGUAUCAACAAUCAAAUCGUUUAACCAGAACAUUGAAAGAUCCUGAUAAUUUUGAUAAAUUGACUUAUAAAACAGGCCCUAUGACGAAAGAUGAAGUUGAGCUUAUUGAGGAAAAUUGGCAUAAGUUUAUGGAGAGAUUUAAUAUACCAGAUAAGUUGAUAUGCCUUGCAAGAUGGAAAAACAAAGAACUUAAUCAAUAUUUACCACAAGAGAAAGCUCGUAUAUACACGAUAGCGUAUUUAGCACGUGGCUUAGAAAGAACUCUACAUCAAGUAUAUCAACACAUUGUUACAUAUUAUGGAGGAUGCAAUAGAGGUCAAUACACAGAAGAUGAAAAAAAAGUAAUAGAUAUUUGUUUCCAUCACUGUCCAAAGAAUGCUGCUGUUAUUUUAAGUGCUGUACUAGCUCGACAACCAAGAGGCAUUUAUAAAAGAAUUCACUUUGCUACAAAUGGAAAACCUCCAAAACACAAAAUAAGGUGGAAUUUAGAACUAGUAUCUAAAUUUGUGAAGUUGCUGAUGAAAUACACUGGUGAACCACUAGAAGGUCUGAAGAAUAAAAAAAUAGACAAGUCAGUUUGGUUGAAAUUGCAGAACGAUUUUGACAAGCAAUAUGAAUAUUUGCAAUAUAUAUGGAAUGUUAUUUUACACUGCCAAUUAUUUGUCAAGUGCACCUUCACAUUGAGGCAGUUAAAAAGGAAAGUUUUUAAAGUACUUCGUAGCUCCCCAUUCAAGAUAUGGCGUGAUAUACGAUGGAAAGAAGUAGUUGCAAAAUUUCCAGAUGGAUUUACUCAUUAUUAUUUAUAUUGGGUUACAAUCAGGGUUAUUCGUCAUAAAAGUUAUUCCAAGAUCCCCCUCCAAGAACUGGUUGAUUAUGGUCUAGAAAAGACUAGAUUAAAAAAUUAUAAUAAUAGACGUUAUUGUAAACUAAAAACACUGAUAUUAAACAGCAAAGGCAACCUAGAAGAAAAGUAUUAUGAAAAUAAACUAAAAGUUACCUAUUUCUAAUAAAG